AUGGAUUUCUGGUUCAUUCUUGUUCUGCUUGGCAGUGGUCUGAUAUAUGUCAAUGCCAAUAAUACUACCACAGUUUCACCUUCAGUAGAAGUUACAAGAUCAAUUAAAGCAUCAAUGACAGAACCAGUUAAAGAAGAGACCAAAACUUCAAAUCCAAAUUCUUCAGUAACUUCUCUUCCCUUGGCACCAACAUUCAGCCCCAAUCAAACUCUGGGACCCACCUAUGUAACCACUGUCAAUUCUUCAGACUCUGACAUUGGGACCACAAGAACAGUAGGCACUGAUUCUAGAGUUACUACAGUUUCAUCAAAUGGAACGUGGCUUCCAGAUAACCAGUUCACAGAUGUCAAAACAGAGCCCUGGGAGGGGAAUUCCAGCACUGCAGCAACCACACCAGAAACCUUCCCUCCUUCAGGUAAUUCUGACUCAAAGGACAGAAGAGAUGAGACACCAAUUAUCGCAGUGAUGGUGGCCCUGUCCUCUCUGCUAGUGAUCGUGUUUAUUAUCAUAGUUCUAUACAUGUUAAGGUUCAAGAAAUAUAAGCAAGCUGGGAGCCAUUCCAAUUCUUUCCGCUUAUCUAAUGGCCGCACUGAGGAUGUGGAGCCCCAGAGCGUGCCACUUCUGGCCAGAUCCCCAAGUACCAACAGGAAGUACCCACCCCUGCCCGUGGACAAACUGGAGGAGGAGAUUAACCGGAGAAUGGCCGAUGACAACAAGCUCUUCAGAGAGGAGUUCAACGCUCUUCCUGCUUGUCCUAUCCAGGCCACCUGUGAGGCCGCCUCCAAGGAAGAAAACAAGGAAAAAAAUCGAUAUGUAAACAUCUUGCCUUAUGACCACUCUAGAGUGCACCUGACACCAGUUGAAGGGGUUCCAGAUUCUGAUUAUAUCAAUGCUUCAUUCAUCAAUGGCUACCAAGAAAAGAACAAAUUCAUUGCUGCACAAGGACCAAAAGAAGAAACAGUGAAUGAUUUCUGGAGGAUGAUCUGGGAGCAAAACACAGCCACCAUUGUCAUGGUGACCAAUCUGAAGGAGAGAAAAGAGUGUAAGUGCGCCCAGUACUGGCCAGACCAAGGCUGCUGGACCUAUGGAAAUAUCCGUGUGUCAGUAGAGGAUGUGACCGUCCUGGUAGACUACACAGUCCGAAAAUUCUGCAUUCAGCAGGUGGGCGACAUGACCAACAGAAAGCCACAGCGCCUCAUCACUCAGUUCCACUUUACCAGCUGGCCAGACUUUGGGGUACCUUUCACCCCAAUUGGCAUGCUCAAGUUUCUCAAGAAGGUGAAGACCUGUAACCCUCAGUAUGCAGGGGCCAUCGUCGUCCACUGCAGCGCGGGUGUCGGGCGUACAGGUACCUUUGUUGUCAUUGAUGCCAUGCUGGACAUGAUGCAUACAGAGCGAAAGGUGGAUGUGUAUGGCUUUGUGAGCCGGAUCCGGGCUCAGCGGUGCCAGAUGGUGCAGACAGAUAUGCAGUACGUCUUCAUAUACCAAGCCCUUCUGGAGCAUUAUCUCUAUGGGGAUACAGAACUGGAAGUGACCUCUCUAGAAACCCACCUGCAGAAAAUUUACAACAAAAUCCCAGGGACCAGCAACAAUGGAUUAGAGGAAGAAUUUAAGAAGUUAACAUCAAUCAAAAUCCAGAAUGACAAGAUGCGGACUGGAAACCUUCCAGCCAACAUGAAGAAGAACCGAGUUUUACAGAUCAUUCCAUAUGAAUUCAACAGAGUGAUCAUUCCAGUAAAGAGGGGUGAGGAGAACACAGACUACGUGAAUGCAUCCUUCAUUGAUGGCUACCGGCAAAAGGACUCUUACAUCGCCAGCCAGGGCCCUCUUCUCCACACGAUUGAGGACUUCUGGCGAAUGAUCUGGGAGUGGAAAUCCUGCUCCAUUGUGAUGCUCACAGAACUGGAGGAAAGAGGUCAGGAGAAAUGUGCCCAGUACUGGCCAUUGGAUGGACUGGUGUCCUAUGGAGACAUCACAGUAGAGCUGAAGAAGGAGGAAGAAUGUGAGAGCUACACUGUCCGAGACCUCCUGGUCACUAACACCAGGGAGAACAAGAGCCGGCAGAUCCGGCAGUUCCACUUCCAUGGCUGGCCUGAAGUGGGCAUCCCCAGCGAUGGGAAGGGCAUGAUCAGCAUCAUUGCAGCUGUACAGAAGCAGCAGCAGCAGUCAGGAAACCACCCCAUCACCGUGCACUGCAGUGCGGGAGCAGGAAGGACGGGGACCUUCUGCGCCCUCAGCACAGUCCUGGAGCGGGUGAAAGCAGAGGGCAUUUUGGAUGUCUUCCAGACAGUCAAGAGCCUGCGACUGCAGAGGCCACACAUGGUCCAGACACUGGAACAGUAUGAGUUCUGCUACAAGGUGGUACAGGAAUAUAUUGACGCAUUCUCAGAUUAUGCCAACUUUAAGUAAGAGGCGACAAGGCCCGUGGACAGAAGAAUUGCCUUCUUUAAUAUUUUGUAAUAUUCUGUUUUGUUAAUAUACCCAAAAUUGUGUAUAUAUCUUAUAACUGUUUUAGAAAUUGGUACAUAGGCUUCUAUUACCUAUUAGGUGGAGAUUUUAUAUGUAAAUGUGUUAGCACUGAUGGUCCUUUUUCCAAUGUUUUAUUGGGGAAUUAAAUAGUGUGAUGUUUGGAUU